AUGGGCAAGAAAGCCAAAGCAGUGGGGCUGGUGGAAGCCUGGCGAAAGCACGGGGAGCGCUGGACCUCUCGCUACCCCUGGCUCAUUGCUAUGAAAGAUGAGUCUGGGAAAGUGCAAUCGCUGGGCUGCUCUGUUUGCUGUGAGGCACCUGAAAUCCAGGCUACGAAGAAUGCGUUUGCAAGCUGUGGAAUUGUUCAUACUGCCCAGACAUCUCUGUUCGAUAAGCACGAGAAAUCCAAAGGGCACCGCAGUCGCAGCGAGAGUAUGCUCCAAGGGCCCGUGCCAGUAGUCGCACCGCCGGUGCGUCAGUUUGCGGAUGUGCUGGAGGCAGUGUUCCGUGGAGAUACAGAGGUUGCUAGCUGUGGUCCCUGGAAGUUCCGAUGCAUCGUUUGGGCUUUGGCAGAGGCGCACAGGAACAGGCUUCGCUCCAGUAUAGAGCGGUCUGUGUGCAUGAGCAUACAACAGGAUGUCAGGAAUGGACAGCUGCUGGUGAAAUUCACUUCUGUCGAUCCUGCACUUGAAUCCACUGAGGGUGUUCUGGGCCAAGUUGACCUCGAGGACAAAUUUGGGCUGGAUUCCAAGAGCCUUGUCCAAGGAACGUUGUAUGUGUUGCACAAGUUGGCUGCCAGGGGACUUGGGCAGCCGAGCCGUGCCGAGGCUUCGACCCAAGCCGUGAGCCUGGACCGUUCCCUCGUGGAACAUAUGAAGGAAGUUGUGGAGGUUUUCGCGGCUGAUGCGGCGCCCGACGAACAGAGGGCCGGCAAGAUCUUGCGGACGUUCUUUCCGAAGCUACAAUUAGUGCAAUACGAUAAAGCGCAGCUCAGAGAGUGCUGA